GGCUUACUUGCCUCCUCUCCUGGCCGCACAAAGCGUAAGAGACUUGUGCGCCUUGAAGAGGAGCUCCUUGGAGUUUCCGAUGAGGAGAUAUGCCAAGUAUUAAUUCGAUCGGGACGGCGACAUCUGCUGGCCAAAAAAAUAUAUGUAGACAGUGAUCUGCCAUCCGAGUCUGAGACAUGUCGAGAUGCUUGCCGCCUGAAGCACAGCCUCAAACAAUAUGUCGUUGAGACGAUUGAGCACCUCAAAUCACAAGUUGUUGGUGAUAUUGUCGAGAGUGCUUUAAAUGAGUGCGAUGAAGCGAUCGAGGAACGAUACAGAACGCACGAAGCCGACUUAGAGGAACAGGUCGACGACUAUAAGGUUGAUCUAGGCAUUACGGCCAAUGACUGUACGAAGGAGAUAGAAGAACAAGCGCUACGGUGCAUGGAUGAUAUCAAGGGUCAGGGAAUCAAGGUUGAGAAGUCUACGACAGAAAGAUUCGCAGAGCUCACGCGCUCCUUGAGUGUUUCUGCCCAGUCCUUGCUUGAUAGCAAGUCACGCCCAGGCCAGCGGCGCACUGAGGGCACUGAGGCUAGACACAGUUCCAUUUAG